AUGGGCGGCUCACUGGGACUCAAGUCAACAGUGGCAGUGGGCAGCACCUUCUAUUUCGACCUCUUCCUGCACGCCCCCACCGCCACUGUCGCCCCCUUCAUUGCAGCCUCCUCCUCCUCCGCCUCUCUCUUCCACCAGCCGCCCCCCCCUUCCGUACAAUCCCUCCCACCACCACCACCACCAGCAGCAGCAGCAGCAGCAGGAGCGACCCCCCCUGUACCACCCUCCUCCUCUGCCGCACCUCCCUCUGCGUCCCCCUUCCCGCUUCCCCCUCUCCCUUCAGACCUCACAGACCUUCCUUUCCUGCAGCGGCUGAAAGGCCUUCACGCGUUGGUAGUGGAUGCAAACCGGGUACAGAGAGCCGUGCUGCAAGCACACUUGGUCCGCCUGGGUCUCCUCGUUUCUAUUCUGGAUCAAUUCAGUCCCCCGGCCUCUCUCUCUCACCACCAGCAGCAGCAGCAGAAUCAGCAGUAUCAGUAUCAGUACCAGCAGCAGCAGAGCAAGCAGCAGCAGCAGCCGCACCAGCAGCAGCAGCAGAUUCGGGUGGGGCCCUCUGGUUUUCAAUUCUCACUUUCCGCUGCCUCCCCCUCCUCUUCCUCCACCCUCUCUCCCUCUUCUUCCGUCUCUCCUUUUGCAAGGCCGAAUGUCUCUACACAGAGUAUUCGCACGCAGAGAGGACUGGGGGGGGGAUCUUCAGAUGAAACUUCACAGCAGCAGCUACAGCAGCAGAAUAUAAUGAAUUAUUCCAGCAGCAGCAGCAGCAGCAGUGCAUACGAUCGAGGCAAUGGUUCUGGUGGCAUGUCAAGUGGUGGUGCUUUGAGUGUUGCUGGUGGCGGUGGGAGGAGAAGUAGUAUGAGCAGUGUCAGGAACAUAGGCACCAGCAACACCAGCACCAACACUGCUGCCGCUGGUGCUGCUGCUGCUGGUGGUGGUGGUGGUGGUGCUGCCACCACCACUGCGGGAAAUCAGACCCCGUUCUCUCCGAACGCAAGCGGACAAGCACAAUCACAAGUGCAAGCGGCAGCAGCAGGAGCAGCAGGAACAGCAGCAGCAGCAGCAGGCGACCAGGAUGUAACCGCAUGGCUGCACCAGCAGCAGUGGCAGCAGCGGCUGCUGGGAGUGGGGGGAAAGAAAGCAGCAGUGGUGGCGGGAUCCGCUGGUUCGAGAUUAGGGUUUCUAGAAGUGGGGCAGGUGGAGAUGAAUCCUAAUCCGGAAAGGCAGCAGCGGCGCGCGCACACAGUUGUGUCUAGGUCUGUGCAGACGUUCUCAGAUGCCAUUGAGAAGGAGAGCGAGAGGCUUUCCGCGUUGAAUGCGGUGCUGCCGGGCACUGGAGGGGUUGUGAUGGGUCAGAGGGGGCUGAUUACGCAACAGCAGCAGCAGCAGCAGCAGCAGCAGCAGGGGCAGGGGCAGGGGCAGGGGCGGGGAGUGCAGGAGAAGGAUGAUGGACGAGAGGGGCAGGGGCAGCAAGGGAAGGCCGGGAAGGCCGAGAAGGCCGGGCAGGCUGAGGAGGUGAGUGAUGAUGAGGGGAGCGACAUGGAGGAUGGGGAGCGGAGCGAGGGAGAAGAGGAAGAGGAGAGUGAGAAGGAGAGUACGAGGUAUGGAGAGAGUGAUGGUACGGAGGAAGAGAAGGAGGAGAGGGGAGAGGGAGAGGAGGAGGAGGAGGAAGGGGAGGAGGAAGGAGAGGAGGAAGAAGAGGAAGAGGAGGAAGAGGAGGAAGAGGAGGAAGAGGAGGAAGAGGAGGGGGCUGAAGGAGAGGGGCAAUCAAUCUCUGGAGGAGGAGGUGGGAUGAGUAACGGAGGGGAGCACGCAGCUGGGGGAAUUGACACACCCAACUGGCAAUUCUCCCUCGCAGCCAUCCGCUCUAACCGCCUCUUCACGCGCUGCCCAGUGGUCCUCGUAGUCGCCCGAACAGGCCCCGAAGUGGAAGGAGUAGCAGCAGCAGCAGGAGUCGCAGUGCUGCUGCUGAAGCCGCUGCGGAGAGCGUCUGUGGGAGCGGCAUUGGUGCAGGCGCUGGGGCUGUCGAGGCUGGAUUCUUCCCAUGUGGCGAACCCGGGGGCGCCGGUCGGGGCGACAGUUGCGGAGAAACUGCAGCAGAUGAUGCGGGGGAAGCGGAUUCUUGAACCUGAGGGUGGCGUGCAAAAUGCUGUCCAACUCCCUUUCUUCCCAUUUCCUUCCCCCCCUCCCUCUCCUCUCCCUUCCUCCCCUGCCUCCCCUGCCUACCCUUCCUCCCCUGCCUCCCCUGCCUACCCUUCCUCCCCUGCCUCCCCUGCCUUCCCCCUUCCUUCACCCCCAUGCAUGAACCUGAGGGUAGCAUGCAAGAUGCUGUCCAAGUACGGUGUAUCCACCGCCACAGCCUCCAGUGGCCAGCGCGCGCUACAGCUGCUACAGCCGCCGCACCAGUUCGACCUCGUCUUCAUGGACCUACAGAUGCCUGAGAUGGAUGGCUACGAGACGUGUCGCAGAGGGAGGCAGCUGGAGGAGCAGCACAAAUCCCCACGCGUGCCCAUCGUUGCUGUAAGCCCUUCUCUCCCUCCCUCCCUCCCUCCCUCCCUCCCUCCCUCCCUCCCUCCCUCCCUCCCUCCCUCCCUCCCUCCCUCCCUCCCUCCCUCCCUCCCUCCCUCCCUCCAUCCCUCCCUCCCUCCCUCCCUCCCUCCCUCCCUCCCUCCCUCCCUCCCUCCCUCCCUCCCUCCCUCCCUCCCUCCCUCCCUCCCUCCCUCCCUCCCUCUCCUGGUUACACUCUCCCUACUACCCUUCCUUCCGCACCAUCAUCUCAUGCUCCUUUCCUUUCCUUCCUUGUCUCUUCCCUCCACUUGUGCUUCAUUCUUGCCAUUCCUCGCGCCGCACACUGCUGUUGUUUCUUGGCUCUUCACAUUGUUUCCUGCUGCCUGCUCUCCCCUCCACCCCUCUGCUCUCCCCUCCACCCCUCUGCUCUCCCCUCCACCCCUCUGCUCUCCCCUCCACCCCUCUGCUCUCCCCUCCACCCCUCUGCUCUCCCCUCCACCCCUCUGCUCUCGCCUCCACCUCUCUGCUCUUCCCUCUACCCAUGUGCUCCCUUGUUCCUCGGUCAACCUUCCUGCCCUGCUUUCUUGCUCCCCCUUCUCUGCCCCUUUCCGUCCCUCUCUAACCCUCUCUACCGCUCUCUGCCCCUCUAUACCCCUAUCCCUGUAUUCUCUUCUAAGCCCUUCGCUGCCCUUCUUUGCCGCUACUACUUGA